UCCAUUCCCAUGCCGAAGUGUGUGGCAUGAAGAGUCAAAAAAAGCCUCAGGAGACGGGCCAGAAACGCCCGAAACGCCAGGAACUGGCUCGUAAAGGCGCUUCCUUUUCUUGGGUUCCCAUGACGUCCUAGGGUUUUCAAUCAAUACCCACUAUAGUCUUCUCCAAUCAGCAGUCACGCCAGUGUAAUCAAACAGCUCCUGUCCAAAAUCCCAUUUGCAGAUAGUUGUUGCCGAAAUGAUUGGUGAAAACUGGGACAUCCCAGGUUGACAAAAUCUUGUCUCCUUUUUCGUUCUGUUGUCCUGUAAUGCGCACUUGCUGAAGGGCAAAUGGAUCGCCUCCGUCCAAGGCACAGGGAGGUCUUCUCUGGGUUCACAAGUGCCGAGGUAAAGAUCAAGAAACUGGAGAAGUUGCUGGAAAAAUCAGGAGAAGAGAUAUGUAGUAAGGAAUUUUGUCAGAAAAUUGCAAUUAGUUUCAAUCGCUCUGCUGGUCGAGCUGGAAAGCCUUUGAUAAAGUGGAUGGAGGUCCAGAGUUGGUUCGAGAAGAGGCAACAAGAGCAACCCAAAGUUAUUUUUGCCCGUAAUUCUGGCAAGAAUGAGUCUGAGACUCCAGCAAAUUGCCCUAAUGAUAAAGCAAAUGAAAAUUCUCCAAUGCCUAAAGCAGGGCAAAAGAUUGCAGACUUAUCAGAAUUGGAAUUUGAGGCCAAGUCAUCAAAAGAUGGGGCAUGGUAUGACGUCGAUAAGUUUCUUGGCCACAGGUUUCUAGGCUCAGGUGAAGCUGAAGUUCUUGUCAGAUUUGUUGGGUUUGGGGCUGAGGAGGAUGAAUGGAUUAAUGUGAAAAAGAAUAUUAGACAGCGCUCAGUCCCACUGGAGAAUUCGGAAUGUCACAAGGUUAAAGUUGGAGACCUUGUCCUCUGCUUCCAGGAGAGGAGGGAUCAAGCAAUUUAUUAUGAUGCUCAUGUUGUAGGAAUUCAGAGGAGAAUGCAUGAUAUUAGGGGCUGUAGGUGCCUCUUCUUGAUACAAUACGAUCAUGAUAACACCGAGGAGAGAGUUCGCAUGAGGAGAUUGUGCUGGAGGUUGACAUGACAGAUGAUCUCAUGCUCAAACUUUG